CUGCUCUUCUUCUUCUCCCCGUUGCAGCCACCCGAAAGAAGAAAAAAAAAGGGAACCCAACCAUGCUUUGAGAAACCGGCGAGAAAGCUUGGUUUUUGGCCUUCUUUUCUUGCUCUAGAACACAAAUUGAACCCAGAAAUUCUCCCCCCUGUUGGAAAUCCCGGAUCUGCUCUGCUCUGCUCCUCACCGUCGGCUUCUCCUGCUUUGUGGGGGUGUAUUUCUAUGAUUUUGGGCCGUGAGCUUCUUCUCCAAAAUUCCCGCCGGCUUCUUCCCCUGCUAGGUCCGGUUUGCAGCUGGAAAAUUCUGGUUCUCGAUCGGUCUGUUAGUUAGCAUUGAGAUCGAGUCUUCGAUUUUAUGCGAGUGAGGAAGUGAAACCGAGGACGGGGAAACCACGGGAAGUGAUGAGUUAGAAGGCUAGCCAUUUCGAGAUUGAUAUAGAUUUUAGAAAUAAAUCAUGAUCUUGUAAACUGGAUUUUAAUUGGAAAUUUUAUAAAUUCAUUGAAUGGAU